CAUGACUCGCGUACAAAUCAUUUCAUUGUCGUCUACUUCUAGUUCCCCUUCCCACACUUCCGUUAUUGCUUUCUCCCCUUCAUUCGUGAGCGCAGUUCUCUAAUUUCUCUUCCCAGCUUUCCAUCCAUAGUUCCCCUCCCCAACAAGAAAGCGUUGAUGGGUUUUCUCAAGAAGGAGUACCAGUUCCUCUCGGGGAUUGGCCUAGGCCCCCGCAAUCCCGGCUGCUAUCUGAACGGCGCAUGGAGAGCUACCGGACCGGUGGUCGCCUCGUUGAAUCCUGCCAAUAACGAGGUUAUUGCUGAAGUGGUGGAGGCUUCAAUCGAUGACUAUGAGGAAGGGAUGAAGGCCUGCUUUGAUGCUUCCAAGAUAUGGAUGCAGUUACCAGCUCCAAAGAGGGGUGACAUUGUUAGGCAGAUUGGCGAUGCAUUGAGAGCUAAACUCCAACACCUUGGUAGGCUCGUUUCACUUGAGAUGGGAAAAAUACUACCCGAAGGGAUUGGCGAAGUUCAGGAAAUUAUUGACAUGUGUGACUUUGCUGUUGGGUUGAGCCGACAACUAAAUGGAUCAGUUAUACCUUCAGAACGUCCUAAUCACAUGAUGAUGGAGAUUUGGAAUCCCUUGGGUGUAGUGGGUGUUAUAACUGCCUUCAACUUCCCUUGUGCUGUACUUGGAUGGAAUGCCUGUAUUGCACUGGUCUGUGGUAACUGCGUUGUAUGGAAAGGCGCACCAACAACCCCACUAAUUACUAUUGCAAUGACCGAACUAAUUGCUGGAGUAUUGGAGAAGAACAAUUUACCAGGCGCAAUUUUUACAGCAUUUUGUGGAGGUGCUGAAAUUGGUCAAGCAAUAGCUCGUGACAUACGGAUACCUCUUGUUUCAUUUACUGGAAGUUCCAAGGUUGGCCUUAUGGUUCUACAGACGGUUAAUGAGAGAUUUGGAAAAUGUUUGCUUGAACUUAGUGGGAACAAUGCAAUAAUUGUCAUGGAUGAUGCUGACAUACAACUUGCUGUUCGCUCAGUCCUAUUUGCUGCUGUCGGUACUGCUGGACAACGCUGCACAACUUGCAGGAGGCUGCUACUUCAUGAAAACAUAUACCAAGAAUUUCUAGAUCAACUGAUUGGUGUAUACAAACAAGUUAAAAUAGGGGACCCUUUGGAUAAAGGUACCUUACUAGGGCCACUGCACACUCCUGCUUCCAAGGAGAACUUUGUAAAUGGAAUCGAAGUUAUCAAAUCUCAGGGGGGAAAAAUUCUUACUGGAGGAUAUGCCAUAGAAUCUAAAGGAAACUUUGUGCAACCUACAAUAGUAGAAAUAUCUUCGGAUGCACAAGUUGUCAAGGACGAGUUAUUUGGUCCUGUCCUUUAUGCCAUGAAAUUCAAGACAUUGAAAGAAGCGAUAGAAAUAAAUAACUCAGUGCCUCAAGGUCUAAGUAGCUCAAUAUUCACACGGAGGCCAGAGGUCAUCUUCAAGUGGAUUGGGCCACUUGGCAGUGACUGCGGCAUUGUAAAUGUCAACAUUCCAACUAAUGGUGCCGAAAUUGGUGGUGCUUUUGGUGGCGAAAAGGCGACUGGUGGUGGUCGAGAAGCAGGAAGUGACUCAUGGAAACAAUACAUGCGACGUUCUACUUGCACAAUCAACUAUGGAAGCGAGCUCCCGCUGGCUCAGGGAAUCAACUUCGGCUAAGCCCCAAAUAUCUUCAGUUCAACAUGUUGGCCUAAAGACUUUUGUGAAGUUUCUGAGCUUCUACCAUGCAGGCAGUAAAACUGUGAAGGACUUGUAGCUCUCUUAAACCCAGUUCAGCCGCAAUUUUGCUUCCAUCUUGUGUUAAUUUAUAUAAUAAUUAUCUGAAUGAAUGCACUUUGUUGUGUUUUACCUUUGUGAAAUGAUAUGGUCAGCAUUUAAUGCUCA